UGACCAUGUUUUUACAUUGCAUGACAUGCGUAGACCGAAAGGUCUAAAGCAACGUAAACGCUCGAAAUUGAGUACCACAAAACUCAAAAAUGAACAGAAACGACGUAGGAAAAUUGCAAAACCUCGUCGUCCGCAGACUAAAAAGGAUGACGAUACAGAAAAAUCGCAACCUAAGGAUCAACUGCUCGCAAACUUUGGAAUAGAUCUUGGGUUUAUGGGACGUGACAUUUACGAAUGGCUUUGGCCAAAGCAAAGAUCCGUCAAUCGCAAAUCGAAUAAGAAAAAGGAAAUGUAUUUGGAGAAGGGUGGAUAUCUACCCGUGAAGAAGCCCAUCCUAUUGGACAAUAGUCUCAAUGCAGGCAAAUCACGCCGCAUUGGUGAUGUUAACGAGAAUCUAUGCCGUUAUAUAGUCCACAACUACGCUCAGGAACGUAUCGCCGAUAUUUACGGAAGGAUUGGAUUCCACAUGCGUCUAAAUCCUCGCAUACUAGCUCGUGAGGCAGCUGCUUUACUUGGUAAAUUUGGGAUAAAUAUGUUGAACCCAGAUGCUGAAGACUACGGGAGUAAUAUACAACCGGAUAUAAUGUGCCUAAGAAGGAUGAAAACCAAGAUCUAUGCCUUACUUGGUUGCAAGCUACUGAAGUAUCACUUGCUAUUGUUACUACGCUACAUUAGGUUGGGUAUUCCACCAGAAAUACGUGAUCGGUAUAUAUCUGACAUUCUUACAAGGGGUAACGUUGCACGUGCCUGUGACCAACUCUGUACUGAACAUGAGUCAUCAAAGGUGAUAUCACCCAAAGGAAGGUACUCGGUAACGCAGGAUGAGGCAUUGAAUCUCACCUAUCCCGAAAGGUUGGACUUUCAAUACCACGGAUACCCCUAUUCCGUGCAACCAUUUACAACAAUGGAUUCUGGAUUUGCACCAUCGAAUUUGGUCCACCCCAAGGUAUAUGAACGGCUGGGUGAACGAUCAAAGACCAAACUAGUCUAUAUUCAGGCAGCACUUUACCCUGAAUCGGCCCUUCAGAUAGUCAAAAACAUUAUACGUGUAGCGGGAUAUAAAUGCGAGAGGGAUCUUCUUUUAGACUUUUGUUUAGGGUCUAAAUUUGGUUCUAGAGGUGCUAGAUCAUUUGUAUCGAAACUAAAGGAAGAACUGAUCAGUGACCGCUACCUAUGCAAGGCAGCACAAUUGAUAACCGGCAACACAGAGCCUGUCUCUAUACACGAGGCACUAUCAACAUUAAGGGAAGUGUCAUCGGUAUCAGGGCUUGUAAAAAGGCAUAUCGGCUCAGGAAGGACAUUGAUGCCUAUAAACACUGCUCGCAUGAUAUUCAAGAGAAUACGAAAUAGAACCCCCCUAGAGCCUCGUGAUAUGGUUUUAUGGGAUAUCAUGCGCAAGGUACUAGAAACUAAAGUGCCCAACGCGCCAAGGCGCAUCCAGAAACAAGCUAGGAUGGAAGUACUUGCGACCGACACGUAUCUAUCUCCUUAUCUAGAUAUCUGUUUAAAAAAUAGGGGCAUUGAUCCGGCUGGCUUAAGUGAGAUUAGGGGCAACCUCCAGGAUAUGGACUACGACAAGAGGAAGUCGACUGCUAGGGCAGUGCGUAAGCAUAUUAGGCGACUGUGGAUAGACUCGGCAAAGGGCUCCAAAUGUGAAAUGGAGAGGCUGGGAAUGGAAAUUAUCGAUGCCAUGGCAUCCGCUGCGGGAUAUGGAGGAUUGAAUAACGUUAUAAUCCUCGUGAAGAUGCUUUCCAAGCCCCCAGCAAAUAAACAUGAAGCUAGGUGCAGACAACCGGGGCCGGAGUUCGAACGAUCUGCCAAGUUAGAGAUUAAGGACUUCAAAUACAAAAAUCUGGAUGCAUAUGCCAACAUUCAAUCAGAUUAGCAACAUAUAUAAUACAUAGCCUUCCU